AAUUUUGUUUUACCACCAUGACAGGAUUUUAAAAUCUAGCAUUGAUGGCAAUUUCAUGAUAAAGAUAUGACGGUUCUUCCUAAUGGUGUACCAUUUUUGGGUUGAACGUCUGUCUCUAUCUUAAGGUUUCUGAGGUAACCCUUGGCUUUGCCCUUGGCUAUCAACUUCAUAAAAGAUGCCAGCUUUAUCUUUUGUCAGCUUACUGUCAAAGCAUAUGGGAUCUGCCCUAAUUUAACUGAAUUUGAUCUCACCAAAUAUUGUCACCUUUAGCUUUUUGUCUAGUUCUUUUCAAAGGCUCAAUUUCAGGAGAUAACGUAUGGAGCGUGUAUUCCAUGUUUUCUCCUGGAAUCUAGAUCAGGAUUGCAAACCACAGCCCACUUGCUAGCGGCCUGUGUUUCUCAGUAAAGUUUUAUCAUGCACAGCGCGCCCACUCGUUUGCGUGUUGCCUGUUGCCUGUUGCCUGUGGCUGCUUCCGCUGCAGUGGCAGAGCCGAGUAGCUGCAGUAGAGGCCCCUGGCUCCUGACGCAGCUCAUCAGUUCUUAACCUGAGCCCCACCCCCGCCCCCUGAUGGCAUAGAUGGGCUUAAAUGGUCUGUGAAGACCCUGACAUUGUACCUGAAGCCACGUGCACGUGUGCGUACCACGUGUUUUCCUGGAGAGAGGAUCCAUGACUUCCAUCAGAAUCCACAAGGGAUCAAAGACUGCGAGUGAUCAACAGUCAUCCCUCUAUGUAGCCAAAACGUUAAUUCCCUGUUGCCCUAGAACAGCAGUUUUAGUCUCGGGUCACCUACACACGCUAAAAACUCAUGGGACCCCAAGGAGCUUUUGUUUGUGUUGGUUGUAGCCGCGAGUAUUUACCACAUUAGAAAUUAAAGUUGGAAGUUUGAAAGUAUGCAUUUACAGAUUUAAAAAUAACAAUAAUAAACCCAUUACACAUUCACGUUACAUUUUUGCAAGUAUCUUUGUCUGUCUUCGGCAAGGUAGGUUCUCAGAUCUGCGUUGUCUGUGGUGCCCCACGCGUCGUGCAGCCCCUCCCGCGCAUGGAGUGAGAGAGGCAGGCACUGCGGGGCCGCUGCGCAGGUGCUUCUGUCCCGUGGAACCCUGGAAGGUCAGAGCCAGGCCCCGGGCCACACCAGGAGAGCGGGGUGUGUGGGCUGCAUGGUCUUUUCCUGCUGAGCUGUGCUCUGCUCUGGGCAUCAGCAUGCACUUCAGGCGCUUGAGGAAAAGCCUCAGAAGCCUGCUCUGCUGGUUGCUGUUGGCUUCUGGGUGAGGAGCUGGUCUGUGCAACCAGGACGGUGCGUGUGGCCCUUGAUGGCAGCCACUUCCUUCAGUUUCAGUGCCGGGGGAGCUGGGCCACUUUUGGGCUGCUGAAGACUGUGCAGUCUUUUUAACUGAUGAAGAACAGGCUUUGUCUUCCUGUAAUUCUGGAAUGAAGUUGAGUCACCCAACAAGAAAAAACUAAGUCCUGUUAGAAUAUACGCAUAGUGAUAGAAUGCUGAAACAAGCUUCUGGACCGGCUUCAUUGGCUGUCCUGCUUCUUUUGCAUCCCAAAGCAUAAGCUUAAACCAUCUCAGAAGGACAAGGUCCGCCAGUUUAUGGCAUUUACUCAGACUGGCGAAAGAACCGCCAUCUACUGCCUGACGCAGAAUGAGUGGAAACUAGACCUGGCCACAGACACCUUCUUCCAAAACCCGGACUCGUUCCACCAGGACUCCAUGAGAAACACCGUGGACAAGAAGAAGCUGGAGCAGCUGUAUAGCAGGUACAAAGACCCACAGGAUGAAAAUAAAAUUGGAAUUGAUGGGAUUCAGCAGUUCUGUGAGGAUCUAAGCCUGGAUCCCGCCAGUGUCAGCGCUUUGGUUAUAGCCUGGAAAUUCAGGGCAGCGACUCAAUGUGAAUUUAGCAAAAAGGAGUUUGUGGAUGGCAUGACAGAGCUUGGGUGCGACAGCACAGACAAGCUGAAAGCCCUUCUGCCAAGACUGGAGCAAGAGCUUAAGGACGCAGUGAAGUUCAAGGAUUUUUAUCAGUUCACCUUUUCCUUUGCCAAGAACCCCGGGCAGAAAGGUUUAGAUUUAGAAAUGGCUAUUGCAUAUUGGAAUUUAGUAUUAUCUGGAAGGUUUAAGUUUUUAGAUCUGUGGAACACCUUUCUGUUGGAACAUCACAAAAGAUCGAUCCCAAGGGACACUUGGAACCUUCUGCUAGAUUUUGGAAAUAUGAUUGCGGAUGACAUGUCCAACUACGAUGAAGAAGGUACGAGAGGCUGCUGUGCUCCAGGGGCGUGGCCUGUUCUCAUAGAUGAUUUCGUGGAGUAUGCACGGCCAGUAGUCACAGGUGGCAAACAUUCAGGUGGACUAAGAUUAUGAAGCGCAGGGCAUCCGGCGAGGAGACAUUUGGUCAGUUGCUGUGCUCGUGUGUCGCUGAUGUCGGGAGUCGUCCUUGAAGGGUCCUGAGUGGGACGACCUCCUCACUCUGCGAAGGAAGGUGCCUGGAGUCCCUCAGAGGACGGCUGCCUCGGAGCGUCUGGGGAUGGGCCACGUAGCUGUCACUUUAGGAGAUUUCUGCAUGGUUUUUAUAUUUAUGGAAAAGUAGCCUGGAGCUGUUUGUGGGACAGCAGAGCGCGCUGUUGGCCGUGGUUUGAAGUGGACAGAGCAGUCACCAUGCCCCACCGAGUUACCCUAAUUACACUUGAAAACAGUGGAGGCGGUUGUAUUUUUAUACAAGUCAGGUCUGUUAAAAUGUGCGCUGAAGAAGAUCUUGUCGUGGGUUCUAAGGUUUUUUAAAGUUGAUGCCAGGAAUUCAAGCUAUAUAUUUUUUGAAUUAUCAAAUAUCUAGAUUUGCCAGAUUUAUUUUUGCUUUAGUUUCCUACAGACGGUCAUCUGAGAAUCACUCCAUGGUUUUAAUUCCCCGCUGCUGUUUGCACAGCGAUGGCACACAGGGUGUGACUCCAGGAGUUUUCUUUUCAACUGUUGACAAGUCAGCAGGCCUCUUUUACUUCUAAUAAUGUCAUUUAAACUUCCUAAGAAGUUUCAUAAAGUAUGCUUUUUUAAAAAAUGUAUUUUAUCACAUUUAAAAAGACUUUUUCCAUGAAAAAUAUUUAUGAGUGAUGAAUUAUAGAUUUAAAAAUCAAGUGAGUGGUUUUCUUUCGAUGUCUGAAUACCUUAAUGUCCCCCUCCAGCCCCUCGUGUGGCCGUAUACAGUGGAGCUAAAAUACACAUCACUGUCCAAAAAACCCCAAGCGGAAUCCUCCGCCUCUCCGGUGCAGCUGGGAGCAGAGGCUGUGCCAUCAGAGGCAGCCCGCCGUGCCGCCUGCUCUCCUCUCAGGAAGCUCUGAGUGGUGUUUGGAAAAUCACUGUGUGGACUCUACCUCAUGUUUAAGAGACCUCCACGUCACCAGCGUGCCUGCUGCCCGGCCUGCAGCCCAGGUCAUGAGACAGACUAACUGGGCUACUUCACAGGAGAGAGGAGAUGCACCUCAGAUUUCCUGUGACGGGUGCCUGAAAUGCGUCGUUGGAUUUGACUCCCAGAUGGAGAUUCACUCCGUGCUGCAGGAAGCGUCGGUGUCGCCGUGAGGUUUGUGUGCACCUGCUGUGUGUGGACUAGUGUGCCUCGAGAAGCAGUCUCUCAGGGCAGCAGGCCAUGGAGGAUUGGAAAGGGGGCUGGGGGCCUGGAGACCGCAGGCGAGGCUGCUGCAGGACGCACUAAGUCACGGCUCCCCCGGUCCCCGCUUCCACGGCUGCAAAGGGAGAAAGAUCGUCUCCGCCUGCAAGUCUGUGACUCUAAGAGAGCACUUAUUUUAUAUGAUAAAUCUGACUCUAAUAAAAACCUCAAUUUUAAAGUAUCCUUCAAGGCUUCAUGGAUUCUUGACGUGUAAGUGUUCUGUUCCGAGAAGGUUCUAGAACCCAGGUAAUCCUGUAUAGAUUAUGGAGGUCUGCGACACUUCUUAAGAUUUACAGUUUAUGGAGAAAAAGUGCUCUGCAGAGUUGUUUAUCGAUAGGUAUCCAAACAUUAGUAUUUGGACAAAGGCUCUUCAAAGACUCGUGGGUUUCUUUUCCUUCUGUUACACACGUUUAAGUCAGGCAUGCUCUGAGAGUGCCGAGAACUUCAGAAACAUUAAAAUAAAUUAUUUUCUCUGG